ACACCGACUCCCUGAGUCAGGGCAGCUCAGUGGGCAGUUUGGGUUUGGAGGACGACGAGGACAGAAACUCUCUGAAGAACCACUUUGAGACUCUGGCCUCCGGUCUGAGCGAAGAGAAGUUUGACACAGACCUGAAGACUCUGCAGCCUCCAGAUGAAAAGCACUUCCUGAACCCCCGACUCAGCAUCUCCACCCGCUUCCUGUCCCGCUUCCAGGACAGAAUCAGGGCGAGCCGAGCUCCGCCUCCCGUCUCCAUCCCGACUAGGAUCUCUGAGGAGAGCAACAUCAGCACCACAUCGGUGAACUCCGAGUCGAGCAGCGACGUCUCAUCAGCUGGGCUGACUGGGGGAGAGAACGGGGGAGGAGCAGCGGGAGGAGGAGCGAGCUGCCGACAAUCAGCCCUCCAUAGAAGAGCUUCCUGCAAAAUUUCCCAUCAGCCCCAUCGCCAUGGCACACCCCGCAGAAGAAACACGGCGCUGGUCGUCCUGUGCAGAAAGACGUUAGGAGACGUGACCUCCAGGACCAUCACGGCCCAAAACAGCUGCAGCGAGGAGGCGGCGGACCAACCGUCGGCUUUUCGGCUCAGAUACCUGGGAACCACAGCCAACUCCAGGGCCAAACUGAGCCGGGACUCUCCGGGUUCCACCUCCUCGCCCUCCUCCACGCCCACGCUGGAGGAGAACAAAGAGAACCUCCCCUCUCCAGCAGAGUGCCAGCCUCCAGCCUCCACCCUGCUCUCUGCUAGACAGGACAGCAAACCUGACAACCACCAGGACCAGACCAGCAGCCUGCAGGUGUGGACCACGCCCACUCAGGUGAUUUCACAGCUCAUAGUUGACAGGUGUAAUAUCAGCAGCACAGAGGAGACUCUAAUCCAGACCCCUGUGGCAACACCCACCACCUGUGAGGUCAUCACCUGCCCUGCCUCCAUGAAGGAAGAAGCUCGAAGACCAGCUGAUCCAGAUGUUUCUUUAUCAGCUGAUUUGCUGCUCUCUGCCCCGCCCACCUCGUCCUCCUCCCCUCUGGUGGAAAGGCUCCGCCCCACUCUCACAGGUUCGGGAGGAGACGAAGAGUCGGUGAGCGUGCAGUGUCUGCAGAUCGCCGCCGAGCUAAGGGCGACGGCGAGACGAGCUGUCCAUCUUUACCAGAAGCUCGGCGCAACGCUCGCUGGCUCGCAGCGACGUCUCCAGGUGUCGUCAGCGAUGCUGGAGGCGUUUGACGUAGUUCGCUCUGACAUGCAGGAGGUGCUGCGGGAGUCGGGUGGCAGCGUCCCCUGCGGUCAGCUGGAGGACCGCAGGACUGCGUCUCUGCUGGAGACGUACUCUGAGCGGCUGCUGCAGAUGGUGGAGGAGAAAAUGAAGCGUGUGUGAGCCGAUGGUGGAUUUGAAAUCAGUAUUAAACUGUGUGCACCUUGUGUCUGUGUGUGUCUGAGUGUGAAUCACUGUCUGUAAAUACUUCAUGUUUCCUAAUAAACGCUGUUUUUACUUUAA